AUGUUGACAUUGCCAACUCGGCGAAUUAUUUUUUGGCUAAAACUAACGAUCAUAAUCACUUGUUUAUCAUUCAUCUUUCUUUUCACCCAUCUUGUUGAUAUUACCGAAAAACGACAGUACAGAUAUCCAGCACAACAUAUACCAUCAUAUCAUUGUCCGCUGCCAAAUAAAACGGUUAAAAUUCAUAAGCAUCAUGGAUUCGUAAGAAAUAAGACUAAUUUUGUAACGGAUGGAAAGGUGUUGGUAUUCGUAGAAACGUUAUAUUCGAAACUUGGGAAGCAAAUAAUUAGCGUAUUAGAUGCGUUGAAGGUACCUCGUAAAGUUGAAACGCUCACAAAAAAUCUUCCACUUCUAACGACCGCAAAACGUGGACGUUUCUCGAUUAUUAUUAUUGAAAAUUAUUACAAAUAUUUAAAUUUACUGACGUGGAAUCGACAGCUUCUUGAUAAAUAUUGUCGUGAAUAUGGCGUCGGUAUAAUUUCAUUCAUUGGUAAUCGACCAAACAGCUAUAUUAAUGCAAAAGUGAAGGGUUCACAGUUGACAAUUCAUACCCAACAACGUGCUACAAAUCUUCGCUUUAGUGAGCGGUCACGUGUGAAUUUUAUUAGUAAGCCGGGUGCUGUGUUACAAGCACCAGAACCGGAUAAAGAUGAUUGGAUAUUAUUUGACGUCACCAAUGGCUACGAAGGUGUUGUGCUGGUUGAUGAUAUUUUUGGUAAUGAACGUGCUAGUGUAAUAUUAGACGACGGGUCGGAAGAUGGAAUUGAAAGGAUUUUAUUUGGACAUAAUUUCACCCACUGGAUCAACAAACUAGCUUUUCUUGAUUCUUUAAGGUAUAUGCGAGAAUCUUUGAUUUAUGAUGACUUGGAACGAUAUAUUCAAAUCGACAUUGAUGACAUAUUUGUUGGUACAAGUGGAACGCGCAUGAUUAAGGCAGAUGUGGAUGCUUUAUUACAAUCACAGUAUCGUUUGCGUCAAGAUAUAACAAAUUUCACUUAUUCUUUGGGUUUUUCUGGUUACUAUUUUCGAAAUGGUGAUUCCCUUGAAGACGAAGGUGAUGAAAGGCUAGUCGAAAUUGGCAAACACUUUUUUUGGUUCCCUCACAUGUGGAAACACAACCAUGCACAUGAGCAUAAUCAAACAUAUUUAAAAGCUAUUAUGACUCAAAAUAAACUUUUUGCGCAGAGUAUGGGUUUGCAUGUUAAUUCGGGUUACGCUGUAUCACCACAACAUGCUGGAGUUUAUCCGGUUCAUGAAGCAUUGUAUAGUUCGUGGCAGUUAAUCUGGAAUAUUACAGUAACAUCAACAGAGGAAUAUCCCCAUUUUCGACCAGCAUCAGCACGCCGAGGCUUUGUGCUUCCACGACAAACUUGUGGUCUUUACACUCACACACAAUUCUUUCAUUCAUAUCCUGAUGGUUUCACUAAAUUACUUAGUAAUAUUGAAGGUGGUGAUCUAUUCUUCACUAUAGUGAUUAAUCCGUUUUCGAUCUUUAUGACACAUCAGCAAAACUACGCGAACGAUCGUCUCGGAAUUUUUUCCUUUGAACGAGUGGUAAAUUUUAUUAAAUGUUGGACGAAUUUGCAUUUGCGUUGGGUAGAACCUGUGCGGAUUGCGUCUGCUUACUUUGCACGUUACGCGGCUGAAAAAGUCCCUAUUUGGAGCAAUCCGUGUGAUGAUCCGCGACAUGCAAAAAUCCUUCCACAAGCUUUCAACUGUUCUGAGAUGCCGCUUCCAAAUAUGCUUAUUGUGGGACCACAGAAAACUGGUUCAACUGCUCUUGCUACAUUUCUUAACUUGCAUCCAAAUUUUUCUAGUAACGAUCCGGUCCCAUCAUCAUUUGAGGAGUUACAGUUUUUUGGAGGACCAAAUUAUGCUCGUGGAUUGCAUUGGCAAGUGUAUAUGGAUCAGUUUCGAUCCAAAAUUGAUCAUCUUAUUGUUUUCGAGAAAAGUGCAACUUACUUCGAUAACCCAAAUGCUCCGCGUACAUCCGCUGCAUUGCUUCCAAAAGCAGAAAUUGUUAUUAUUCUUUUGGAUCCGGCAAUGCGUGCAUAUUCCUGGUAUCAGCACAUGCGUGCACAUAAUGAUACAACAGCAAUGACAUAUGAACUAAAUGAAAUUCUCGAUGCUAAUAUUUCGUCGGUUCUUUUACGACGUCUCAAAAAUCGCUGUAUUUCACCUGGAAGGUAUACACAUCAUUUGGAACAUUGGUUGGAUUAUUAUCCAUCGACGCAAAUUCAUUUAGUUGACGGUGAACAGCUUCGUACAGAUCCAGUGGCUGCUGUUACCAAUUUAGUUGAUGCUCUUCAUGCACCAAAAUUUGCCUUCAGUGAUCUCAUUAAAUUUGACGACAGGAAGGGAUUCUUUUGCAGUUAUAUUAACGGGACGAAGAAAUGUCUAGGUACAAGUAAAGGACGCAGAUAUGAACCUCUCGAUGAAAAACUUAGAGAGAAACUAGAUCGUAUUUUUAGAGAUGACAAUAUUGCCCUACAUAGGCUGUUGUUGCGUAAUGAUUUGCCAAUCCCGAAAUGGCUCCAAAAUCAACUUUCUAAAGCUAAUUUUAUUUAG